AUGGGCGCCCGUUGGGCGCCUGUCUGUUGGGAGUACAUCGACGACUACAGGAUCCUGGCGCUCGUGGCGCUGGAGGCGACCGCGCUCCGCAGCGGCCCUGCUUUCCGUUCAGUCGGCCUCGCCAAGGCCAGGGGCGACCUCUUGGCACAGCUGGUGCGGUACGGGCUGCCAGGCGGGGACGUGUUUGUGGAGCCCGACCUAGGGAAGUGGGGCGUGCUGGUGGAGGCGACGACGUCGGCCUGCCGCCGGAAGGGCCUCCGAGUCCAGGGCCUCCUGGCGCUGGUCUCGGCCUGGAGUGGGUUGUCCCUGGUCCACAGGCCGGCGCGCUCCUUCUUCGAUGCAGUCGGCAAGGCCAUGCAGGAGCACGUGGGCGACCAUGAGCUGGCGACGUGGCCGAGCCUGAAGUGCGAGCUGAGGGGGCUAUUUCGUCGAGCAAGCCAGUCCCCUGUUCGCGGGGCCUUGGCGUUCGGGCACCAGGAGGACCACCUCGCGCGGAUGGCGCAGACGCAGGGCCGCUGGCUGGUAGCAGAGUCGAUAAACAAGGCGCUGGGCGACGAGGUGGGUCUAUGCCUGGCCGCCUUCGCGACGGCUGGCGAGGGCACCGCGGCCAAGAUCAGGGCUGUCCUGCGGAGGGGGUCUGCCUGGGGACAGAAGCUCCUCGUGAUCGCGGGCUCCGCGGUUGCGAUCGGGGUCGUCUCCAAGGGCAGGAGCAAGUCCAUGUCUCUGAACGCGAUCCCGCGAUGCCUGGCGGCCUACAUGCUGGGCUACCGCGCCACGGUCUACUCUCAAUGGGCCUCGAGUGGAGGCGGUGAGGUCCAGUGCGAGUGCGAGAUGGUCCAUGCCCUCGCCGACGCUCCCGAAGCUGCAGAGGAGAGGGCAGCAGGCUGCUGGGCGAUGGCGCUCGACGUGGACGUGCUGUGCGACGAGGGCGAGAUCGGCACCGGCGAGGGCGAGAGCGUGCAGGGAUCACUGAUCGCGGUCCGCAUCCUGAUGGCGAUCAUCGGCAUGAUGGUCUACUGCGGCGAGGCUGGUUCUGUGGCCGCUGAUGCAGCGGGGCUGGCCUUUGACUGCUACCUUGGGGAGCAGGGCUGGGAGAUGAUGCGAGUCGCCGACGUGGUGGCGGCCGGCGGGGUCAUGGCCAUCGGCCUUGGCGUCCACGUGCGGGGCGAGCGGGGCAAGCCCAGUCAGGAGCAAGGCGUGCUGCUGGAAUAUCUUGGUCACCAGGCCGAGGAGACCUUGAAGGAGAAACCGAAGGAGACCACGAAGGAGGUGGAGGACGCAUCGCCAGAGGAGGCCGAGGAGGGCGAGGAGGCUGUGGCCGACGAGGCCGAGGAUGUGGCGGAGGAGGACGAGGAGGAGAACGAAGAGGCAGCGGGGCCCUCGGGCGACAGGGCUCCGCGCCGCACGGAGGGCGCCCGCCGAGCUGGGGGGGGCUGGGGCGGCGCCCUCGGGGCAGACAGCGCGGCAGCCUGGGUCGAGGGCUCCGCGUCGCACGGAGGGUUUCCAGAGAAUCCGUCCGCGUCGCAGGGGGUGCAUCCCGGGGUCGCCGUGGCAAGGCGGGGCGAUUCGGGCUCUCCCGGAUGGCCCUCGUUGAGGCGCACACGGAGAAGGCUGGGAUCCGUCGAGGUGCUCGGGGUCACGGUGCUGGAAUCCGUCGUGUUGCUGGAGUUCGCGACGCUGCACGGGAUCAUGCUGCUGGGGUCCGUGCUGGUCGGUCUGGGUCGGUGCUGGUCGGUCUGGCUCGGUGUCGCUUGUGGUGUUGCUGGUCGGUCGCGGUUGGCUGUGCGCGCUGGUGCGAGUUUCUGGUCGGUCUGGGUCGCUGUGGAUAGUGGCGGUGCUUGUCGGUCGCAGUUGGUGGUGGGCUGCCGGUCGGUCUGGGUCGACGUUGCUUGUGGCGUUGCUGGUGCUGCUGCUGGAGUGUCGGUCGUGCACGUAACACUCGUGGUGCUGUUCUCCCUCGUACGGCUCGCCCACGUUCUGGUCGGAAAGCUGCUGCGGGUGUCGGUCGUGCUCGUAGCUCUCGUGGUGUUGCCUUCCCUCGUACGACUCGCUCACGUGCUGGUCGGAGAGCUGCUGCUGGUGUCGGUCGUGCUCGUAAUUCUCGAGGUGCUGCUCUCCCUCGUACGGCUCGCUCACGUGCUGGUCGGAGAGCUGCUGCUGGUGUCGGUCGUGCUCGUAAUUCUCGUGGUGCUGCUCUCCCUCGUACGGCUCGCCCAUGUGUUGGUCGGAGCGCUAUUGCUGGUAUCGGUCGUGCUCGUACCUUUCGUUGUGCAGCUCUCCCUCGUACGGCUUGCCCGCGUGCUGGUCGGAAAGCUGCUGCGGGUGUCGGUCGUGUACGUAACACUCGUGGUGCUACUUUCCAUCUUGCGAUUCGCCCGCGUGCUGGUCGGGAAGCUGCUGCGGGUGGCGGUCGUUCUCGUAGCUCUCGGGAUGCUGCUCUCCCUCGUACGGCUCGCCCACGUGCUGGUCGGAAAGCUGCUGCUGGUGUCGGUCGUGCUCGUAACUCUCGUGAUGCUGCUCCUCCUUGUACGGCUCGCACCCGUGCUGGUCGGAAAGCUGCUGCAUGUGUCGGUCGUGCUCGUAACUCUCUCGGUGCUGCUUUCCUUUAUACUGCUCGCCCACGUGCUGGCCGGAAAGCUGCUGCUGGUGUCGGUCGUGCUCUUAACUCUCGUGAUGGUGUUCUCCCUCGUACGGCUCGCUCACGUGCUGGUCGGAGAGCUGCUCCUGGUGUCGGUCGUGCUUGUAACUCUCAUGGUGCUGCUCUCCUUCGUACGGCUCACUCCCGUGCUGGUCGGAAAGCUGCUGCGGGUGUCGGUCGUGCUCGUAAUUCUCGAGGUGCUGCUCUCCCUCGUACGGCUCGCCCACGCGCUGGUCGGAAAGCUGCUGCUGGUGCUGGUAGUGCUCGGUAUUCUCGUGAUGCUGCUCUCCCUGGUACGGCUCGCCCACGUGCUGGGUGCAGGCAGCGAGGAUCCAGGCUGUGCUGACGGGGAUGCUGGCGUCGGUGCUCUCGGCAGCGCUGGCGGGGAUGCUGGCGUCAGUACUCCUGGCUUCGCUGGGGGAGCUUCUGGCGUCGGCGCCCCAUGCCGAGCUGGCGGGGAUGCUGACGUCUAUGCUCCACGCUGGGCAGGCAAGGAGGUUGGCGUCGGUGCUCUCCGCUCUGCUGCCACGGCGGGGCCGGUGGCGCUGGCCAGCGCCAGGCCAGGCGGCCCGCCCGGCACCGUCACCGCCGCGGCGGCGGCGGCCGCCGCGCGGGAGAGGGCGGCCGCCGCGGCCCACAGGCCAGCGACAGCCGCCGCGGCGGCGGCCUCGGCGGCAGCGCCAGAGGCGCCCGCGGCACACCAGGCGCUAGCAGCGUGCGCGGCGGCACCCGCGCGGCGUGCGGCGCACGCGGCGGCCGCAGCGCGCACAGCGCCGGCGGCAGCAGCAGCGACACCAGCAGCACCAGGGACGCACGCGGCGGCCGCAGCGCUGGCGGCGCCAGCGGCAGCCACGGCACCUGCGGCGCCAGCGGCGACUGCGGUGUCCAAGGCGCAGUGCGGCAGGGCCGCGCCGCCCAGGGCCAGCAUCUGUGCGCGUGGGAGUGAGUUCUCGGCGCUGGCAGAGUCCGCAGGGGCGUGGGCGGGCACCAGCACGAGCCCACAGAUCUGGGACCCUGGCGGGGAGCGCUUCGAGACCCCUACGCUCUGCCGUGAUGGCGAGCUGCAGCGGCGCUUGUCUGCGACCCCGCAGUGGCAGCCCCGGCGACUCGUCCGCGUCGGGAUGGCGGAGGAGGGCGCAGCCGCUCCCGAGAAGCCCGCGCCUACGCAGCUGCACGCGGGCAGCCGCAGGGUCGCCGGGCUGCCCAGCGAGGUUCUGGAGGACUGGCGGUGCAUCAACGCGCAGUUCCAGGAGGCCCUGAGGCGCAGCGCCGCUCCGAGCACGAGGCCAGCUCUCGGCGAGGCGGCCCCCGGCGGCGCCAGCGCCCGGGGCGCCGCCGCGCGCGGGGCGGCGCCCGGCGGCCGCGGCGCGCGGGGGGAGAUCGAAGUGGGCGGCCGCAGCUUCUUGUUGGACGAGGCCAUCGGCCAGGGUGCGUUCGGGGUCGUGUACCGGGCCCACGAGAGGUGCGGGGCCGGAGACCGCGCGGUGGCCGUGAAGCGCGUCGCGGCGGGCGACCGCGGCGCCUCCGCCGCGGCGUGCCUCGAGGCGCAGCUCCUGGAGUCCCUGUCCGCGCGGCUGCCGCACGCUUCGCGCCGGCGGAUCCCCGGCUACGUCGCGCACGGCCCAGACGCGGACAGCGGCGAGCCAGCCGUCUACAUAGCAAUGGCGCUGGUGCCUGGUCAGGUUCUGGAUCGAUGGCUGUAUGGUAUUGCCGACGAGCAGCACAAGCACCUCGAGGUGGCGCAGCUGGCGGGCGGCCGCUUGCCGGACGGCCGGCAGCGCAGCCUGAGGCUGGCGGGCGCCGUCGCCGUGGCCUCGGCGCUGGUCUCGCAGCUUGCAGAGGUCUUCAAGGAGCUGGAGCCCAUGGCAUUCCACCGCGAUGUGUCGUCUCACAACAUCAUGAUCGACACUGAUCGAUUCGACGGCGGUGAUAGGCCGAGGUUCACUUUGAUCGACUUUGGCCUUGCGGUUCGGUCUGACACGUGGGCGGCGGAGUCUAGAGUUUCCAACCUGGCUGGGGACCCCCGCUACUGGCCGCCCGCCGCCUGGAUGGCCUUCGCCUACGGCUUCGGGUACCUGGACAUGCAGGGGAGCGGUGGCUUCUGCCGGCAGUACGCGGAGCGCAUCGACCACUACAGCUUCGGGAUCCUGGGCCUGGAGCUCCUGUUCGGGCUCUGGGACACCGAGUCCGCCACCGACGGCGCCGUGCCGCUGGCGAUGAGAAGGGCUCGGUCUGCCUGGCAGCUGCUCUGGGUCGAGGUCCUGACGCUGUUCCAGACGUUUCACGUGCAGGGACCGCAAGCGACGCGGCAGCGCAUCGGGCUCACGAGCGACGAGGGCAUCGUCCGCCUCACGGGGCUGCUCGCUGGCCUCCGGGGCGAGCUGCGCGCGGUGGCGGCGGCGGCGGUUGCCGGCACUGGCGAGGAUCGGGAGCUGGCGUGGCUCUGCCUGACGCUUGCCGACCUGGUGGACGAGAACGGCAGCCUCUCCUGGGCGGACGUCGUGGCAGGCUCUUGCACGCCCCAUUGCGCCGCGGCGCUCGCCGCAAGCUCGCCGCCUCUGGCGCCGCGGGCGCCGUCGGGUGGCGCGACGGCCGGCCCCCAGACGCCGCCAGCACGGUGGCGCGCCGCUGUGACCGCAGUCGCCGCUGCGGGCCCUCGGGUCGCCAUCGUCGCCAGGACUGCUGGUGGCUCAGACGCCGCCGGCACCGUGUCCUUCCGCUGUGACCGCAGCGCCGCUGCGGGCCCUCGGGUCGCCAUCGUCGCCAGGACUGCUGGUGGCUCAGACGCCGCCGGCACCCAGUCCAUCCGCUGUGACCGCAGUGCCGCUGCGGGCGCUUGGGUCGCCGCCGGCGCCGCCUUGGCUGCGGGCGGCUCCGGUUGCUCAGCAGCGGGCGCUGCCACCACGCCUUGCAAGGCAGCCCUCGGCAGAGUUGCCCGCGGCGGCGCCGCAGCGCGUGCUGGUGCUGCAGGGCGGCCCGCCCGCGCGUGGCGCGGCGGGCCCGCCGCCCCCGCGGGGCGCGGCGGGGCGGCCCCCGCCGGGCGCGGUGGCCGCGCGCGGCGCGGUGCUCGUCCCGAGGCCUCUGCCCAGCAGGUCGCACUGAGGCCCGCGGCCUCCACCCCCCCUCGAGAGCGUCCGCGGCACUCGCCCGCGCCCCACGCCUCGGCCCGCCGCUUCGGCGGGGGGCCUCCUCGACACGCGCCCGCGCGGUACCCCGACGGCCAAGCGCGCCCGCGCGGCCCCCCGGUGGCAGACGGCCCGGGGGGCCGAGGCCCUCGGCCCAGGCAGACGACCUGGGCGGCCAUCCCGAGAGCCCCGCUGGACGAGCUGCCGGGGAGAGCGGAAGGCACCAGCUGCUCCAGCAACUCCACCGUGGGCCAGAGCCUCUACAAUGCGUCGGUGGUCAGCGAGGACCCCUGGGCUCGAGUGGCGUACGUCGCCUCGGAGAUCGGGCUGGCUACGUACGGCGGGGUGCCGGUGAGGACUGGCCUGCGGCUCUCGCAGCUCGAGGGGCGCGUGGUGGUCGUCCGCAACGCCCUUGGCGUGCCUGCUGCCUGCGGCAUCCUGCAGGCGAUGAUGGCAGCGUUGCUGCCGUCGCUGCUGGCGACGAUCACGAUCCUUAUGACCAUGCCAGUGGAUGUGACGGUGAUUGCGAUGGUGAAUUUUCGUGUUGCCGCGGAUCUGGACCCCCAGACGUCCCCAGAGGUCUUUGCAGGUCCCGCCGAGCCCUUUGGACUCUUCUGGGGGGCCUGGAGAAACAGGGGCCCACUGCUGUCAACACUGUCGGUCUUCGACCAGGGCAUGCAGACUCGGAGGGCGGCGGCGGCGGCGGCGUCGGCGGCCCGGGGGGGGGCGGGCGGGCUCGCCGGCGCGAUGGAGCGCCAGAGACAGAGCAGGCUCCGAAACCGACAGCGAUGCCGACGAGCGGGUGCGGCUCUGCGAGGCCGACGAGGGCGACGCCAGGAUCGUCGCAGCAUCGUGCAGUUUACCACGGGCGUGGCGUACGUGGAGGAGAAAGAAGCAAAAGUGGAAAUAGGUGUGAUGCGUAUCGGCUGCUUGCAGACCGAGUGCUCCGUGACUUACUGCACGAAGGAGGAGACAGAAGACACCGAAAGGAGGUACGACCAGAUCGAGCCGACUCUCCUCACGUUCAAGCCUAAUGAGUAUUUCAAGACAAUUUAUUUGCAGUUGCGGGAUAACGAUUCGUUCAACGACAUUGUGGAGGCGAAGCUUGCGCUGGAGAACCCCAAGCACUGCACUCUUGGCAUUGAGCUGCGCAGAAUGCGAGUGAAGAUCAUAGAUGACGAUUGGUUCCCGUCUGCCAAAUUUAGAAAGGAAAUAGAGGAAGACUACACCACUGACAAUUGGAGAACUGGCAGAGAUUUCGAAAUGAUGAUGGAGUUUUGGAAGUUCGCUUUCAAGCAAACGAUGCCUGGGUCGAUCUACAUCCUCGUGGCUGACCAGGUCAAGAACGCGAUCUUCAUCUUGAAUCUUACGGUAAACAAAAUGGUAAUCGGGCUCAUCGCUGAUACGGAUUGGAGUGGCGAGAUGAGCUCAGCAGACCGGUGGUCUGCAGUCAGGGAGCUGCUUUUGCUUGCGUUGUUAUUGACGUUGCCUUAUGGAAUUAGCCAUUGGCUUGUUUACAGGCGGCAGUUUUGGAAAGUCGGUGGAGGCGCCCGCGGGACUCUAUUGAACAGCUUGAUUGAUAAGUAUUUAUAUUAUGAGGACCGCCGCGACGUAGCCUUGUUCUGUGGUGCUGCGACAACGUUUGUUUUUGCUUUGAUAUUCAUCAGUUGA